GGGUGGUGAAGUGUUGCAGGUGAACAACAAUGAAAAUAAAACCAUCUCAGAGUUUGAGGAAAAAUAAAAGACACAUUGAGGAUGUGCCAUUUUAUGCUUUUAAGUAUUCCGAAGGUGAUUUACCACUCGAUCCCGCCAGAUCUUUUAUUCAGGAACAAAUUGACAAGCUCAAAAAGGCCAAACCCAUUGAGUUUCGCAAUGAUUUCGACCUUUUCUACCACAACACAAAACACAGUGUCCAGAAACCAUCUGAAGAAGUCACCAAGCAUUUAAUUUCACUCCUAAAGAAGAAAUCUUCGAGAAGUCAGUAUGGUCCAAAGGUCAAGAAGGUGUCAGCUCAGGAGAUAAAUAGAAGAUUGCGACGAAAGUUCAAUGAUCGAAUUGAUGCUGUGACGCCUUACAAAACCAUCUCUCUGGAAAAGUUUCAUUUGUCCUUCGAUAGGGACAAAAUAAAGCCCCGUCGCAUUAAGGACUUUCCAUUGAAUGUCAUAAAGUCCCCCGAAGAGUAUCGUCGUGAAUUGGAAAAGGUCAAUAGGGUCAUCAAUGAAUUGCUGCAACCGGAAAUUCGACGAUAUGAAGAAACCCAGAAGCAAAUUAGAGAUGGAUCAUUUUUUAAGUAUCAGCGCAGUGCCAGCACAUCCACUUCCACGUCCAAGGCGAUUGUUAAGAAAAGAAAAUUAUCCGAUGAGAAGUACUUGAUGAAGCUGAAAGCAGUGGAAAGGGAGAAACUUAAGUAUUUUCGUCCAAUUAUGCCAAUGGAGGUGGAAGAUCAGAGAUCCAGAAUUCUCAGAAGUUAUACAGCCCAGAUGACUGUUGAAUUUGCCAAAUUUACAACGGAAAUUCAAGAGAGAUCCAUUGACCUCAUGGCUCAAAUCAAUGUUCUACGUGUACAGGAUUAUCCAUCGCAUCUUAUUGUGAAAAUUCUCCCUAGGAUCAACCCAAAAAUUGGUUUCUUGAAGGACGCAUACAAAUUUAUUCAAUCUGAAAAGUUACUCUGGCCAAAUAUCCAUCCAGAAGUUAUGCUCAUGGAUUUUCUUUUUAAUUCCAAUCGCCAAAUUCGUCCAGAAAUUGCCACAAUGAUUAUAUCCUUGCUGAUGGAUUUGGAAGAGGACUUUCGUCAUGGUAUUCGAAGGCAUGUCCUGCGGAGUGUUCUCGAGAAGCGUGAGAAUCAGGAUGCCUUGAACUUAAUGCCUGAACCUAAAGACUUCCCUAAGUUGACAAUCCAAGCUCCAGUUCCAUGGAAGUGUGCCAUUCAAGUGGCAAGGAAUCGCUUAGAUCAAGUCCUAAUGAUUACUCAUCCAGUGCUUCAAGCUAUAAAUAUGCUGUGGCACGAGUUAUACAGUGAUCUCUUGAUCGUCGAUACCGCCAAGAUGUACAAGACAGAUAUUCCUCUUGAUUCUGGAAAUAUGAGUGAUCUUGUGCAUUCCUGUUGCGUGAUUGCACGGGAUAUUCUCGUCAAUGAUUGGCUUCCACGAGUGGCUGAUCUUAUAGACGAAAUGCGCAAAUUCUGGAUCGAUCUUGUGGCUUUCCAUUCUCGUCAUGGUGGACGAGCAACAAUAAUGUUCCGUACUAUCCAUGCUCUCAUGUCGUACCAAUUGCAAACGCUAGUCAAGAAGAGUGUUGAUCACCUCAUGGAGACUAUUGAGAUGUAUAGUGGAGGAAAUGUUGAGGAUUCUGAUGUCAAACUCACCAGACAACCCCUGAUGACUCUCAAUGUAUCAGUCGUAGGGAAAUAUAGCGGGGAAUUAGAUACCAAUACCAAUGAGGAAUCUAUCCUGUAUAACGUAGAAAUUGAUGAUCCUCACAUUCUGGACACAAGUCCUGAACAACCAGCUACUCCUACUCUCAAUAAGGUCUCCUUUAUUAUCCGACACAGCGGAAAGAUUUUUGUUGAUCCUUACAUGGAAGAACUGCCCGAUAUUUUUGUCAAUUACUUCGUGAAGAUUCUGAAAGUGGGCUACAAUAUCCCUCGAAUGGAAUACUUUAUGUCUCAAACAUCCUCAGAGAUGGGAUUCCUCCACUGCAUCCCUGAGGAUCAUAUUGAUAUGUUACAAUUGUACGAGAGGGUGCGGAAGAUUGUGGUAGCUAAUCAAACUGGCCCUACUACGUACCUUUACCCCAUUUACACUUACUACUUUCCCAUCUUAGCGGGAAAAAUGCAGGCAAUCACAGAGAAUCUUUUCCUACAGCCUACGGUUCCAUCCCUGCCGGCCUUCAGAAAUCUCAUGGAAAAAUUCAAUGAACUUCUCUUUGGCGUUUACUACCUCAGGGACUUUGUUCCUUUGAAUCUAUUCAUGUUGGACAAUCGCAGGGUGAAUCAAGUUCUCGCCAGGAUGAUUAAGGAUAUGAAAGACUUUGUCACUGACUUCUUCAGGACUAAGAAUCAAGUGGAAAACCGUAAACUUUGUGAUGAAUUUGAAGAAAUUUCCCUUCAUGCUGGUGGUCGUCCCAAGGAGACGCCUGAAGUUGUAGCUCUUCAGAACUACCUUAACCAAUGUCGGGAUGAAAGGCUCUUCGUUCUUAAGUCAGAGAUCAAGCUUGUAGCCGAAAGGGUGAUGUUUCUUCUGCAUUAUGCAACUCUUGAUGCUGAUGAUAUUCACCUGAAUUCUCGCACUUUCCUCUGGCCAUCGGAAUUGGAACAAGUUCUGGACCUUAGUGCAGCAAGAUUGAGUGUCGUCAGGGAUAAUUUGGAAAGUGCUUUAAGGGAAAGAAAGGUUCAAUUCGAUGGGUAUUUGCUGACUGAGAAAAAGAAAAUGGAUGCCUUCAGAAUGAAAGAGAUUAGGGAUGUAUUAACUCUGGAUGAGUUGAAGGAAAAGGUCGAUACUGUUGAUGGUCUAAUGAGUAUUCUUGAGAAAUGCAAUCAAGAAGCAACAGCCAUCAAUGUGGAUGAAAAUCUCCUCCAGAUCGAGCAAUCUUCAUUUCCAGUUCUUGUGGAGCUUAUGGAAAAAAUGGAUCCUAUUGAGAAGCUUUGGCAUACAGCUUACCAAUUCGAUUCUUGCUAUGAAGGCUGGUACUACGGUUCUUUUCAGGAUCUCGAUGCUGAAAAAAUCCGAGAAGAAGUGGAGAAUAUGGGCAAGAUAAUCUACAAACUAUCUAAAGCCCUUGUGACAAAUCCCCAAGCAAAGCGUAUAGCUGAACAAGUAAGGAUGAAAAUUGACAAAUUCAAGAUCUAUCUACCAGUCUUGGAAGCAAUUUGUCGAGAAGGAUUGUCCGAAAGGCAUUGGGAGCAAAUAUCGGAGGAAUUGGGUCAGGAGGUGAAUCCUGAGAAAUAUUCAACCUUAGCCUCGCUCGUUGAGAUUGAUAUCAUGAGGAUUGUGGAUAGACUGGAACAGAUCUCAAAUGCUGCAGGAAAGGAAUUUGAAUUGAACACUCAGCUCCUUCAGAUGCAAUCUGAGUGGACAGAAGUGAUGUUCGAGGUCAAUCCUUACAGAGAUUCGGACACUCAUAUUUUAGCAUCAGUGGAUGAUAUACAGACUCUCUUGGAUGAUCAUAUUUUAAAGGCCCAAGCAAUGAGAGGAUCACCCUAUAUUGCUGCUUUGGGAGAAAAGGCAACAAAUUGGGAGGAUAAGCUAAUUUCAAUGCAGGACAUUCUGGAUAUCUGGCUGAAGGUACAGUCAACAUGGAUGUACUUAGAGCCAAUUUUCAAUUCUGAAGAUAUUAUGAGACAGAUGCCGCAGGAAGGAAGAAACUUCAAGGCAGUUGAUCGAAUUUGGAGGAAGAUGAUGAAACACACGGAAGCCGAAAGGAGGGUCAUACAAGCCACUGAUUAUCCCAAAAUGCUGGAGAUUCUUCAGAAGUCCUUUGUUGAUUUGGAAGGUAUCCAGAAGGGCUUGAAUAUGUAUCUGGAGAAGAAGAGGCAGUACUUCUCGCGAUUUUACUUCCUUUCCAAUGAUGAACUGCUUGAGAUUCUUUCAGAAACCAAAGAUCCCCUAAGGGUGCAGCCUCAUCUUAAAAAAUGUUUCGAAGGAAUCAAUGCACUACAAUUUGAUCAAAGUAUGGAAAUUAUGGCAAUGAUAUCAUUCGAUGGGGAAAUUGUGCCACUAACUAAGAGAAUUAAUCCUGCUUCAGCAAAUGGUUUGGUAGAGAAAUGGCUGAAGGAAGUCCAGCAAGUGAUGUUCGAAAGCAUUGAGGAACAGUUGAGAUCGGCCUAUGACAUCUACUAUGUGACUCCUAAGAAAACGUGGAAUCUCAAGUGGGCUGGACAGGUUGUUCAAACGAUCUCUUGCCUCACGUGGACAGCAGAUGUUGAGGAAGCUAUCACCAAGGGUUCCUUAACUACUUAUUAUGAAGGAGCAGUUCAGCAGAUCAAUGAAAAUGUCAAAUUGAUUCGUGGAGAUACUCUGACAGACUCUCAAAGGAUCACAAUGGAAUCCCUCGUGAUCCUUGAUGUUCACAAGAAGGAUGUAAUGAAGGAACUUAUGGACUCUCAUGUAAGUGAUGUGGGGGACUUUGAAUGGUUUUCUCAGCUGAGAUAUUACUGGAAAGUUGAUGAUAUUGAGAAGCAGGAGUUUGUCUGCAUCUCAAUGAUCUCCACAGACAUUCCCUACGGAAUGGAGUAUUUAGGGAGUGUUUCUCGACUAAUAGUCACUCCACUAACAUCUCGAUGUUUUCGUACUUUAAUGGGAGCUCUGAAACUCAACCUAGGAGGAGCUCCUGAAGGUCCGGCAGGUACUGGCAAAACGGAAACAUGCAAGGAUCUGGCCAAGGCUGUGGCUAAAAAAUGUGUAGUUUUCAACUGUUCUGAUGGACUUGAUUACAAGGCUCUGGGAAAGUUCUUCAAAGGAUUGGCUCAAUCUGGAGCAUGGGCAUGUUUUGAUGAAUUCAAUAGGAUUGAUCUGGAAGUCCUCUCUGUUGUAGCUCAGCAAAUUUUAAUCAUACAGCGAGCUAUCAGUAAAAAAGCUGUAAAAUUUACUUUUGAAGAUGCAACACUGAAGCUAGAUCCCACUUGUAGUAUUUUCAUCACUAUGAAUUCAGAUCAAGGCUCUAGGAAUAAGAUACCAGACAAUUUAAAAGUAUUGUUUAGGACAGUGGCCAUGAUGCUUCCUGAUAGAGCUUUAAUUGCUGAAAUCACUCUUUACUCUUGUGGAUUCGAACAAUCUCAGGUACUCGCACAGAAGAUUCUUCAAGUUUAUAAGCUAUCUUCUGAACAACUCUCGUAUCAAUGUCACUAUGAUUACGGAAUGAGAGCUAUUAAGUCUGUAUUAAUAAUGUCGCGAUCUCUGAAAAGAACUCAUCCUCAUUAUUCGGAGAAGCAAGUAAUUCUUAGAGCGCUUAUUGAUGUCAAUCUUCCAAAGUUUCUACCGGAAGAUAUACCACUCUUUGAAGAUAUUUACAAAGAUCUGUUUCCAAACGUGGAACUCCCGAUACGGGAUCGUGAGGAUAUUGAGAAAUGGCUGGAAGUAAAAGUAAAGGAACGAAAUCUUCAACUAACUCCUUGGUUCAGGGAAAAGAUCUUACAAAUAUAUGAGACCCUGCUAGUUCGCCAUGGUCUUGUGAUUGUAGGUGGAGCUAUGUCAGGUAAAACCACAGCUUAUCAACUUUUAGCUAGUGUACUGCGGGAAAUCCAAAAAGAUCCCCAGGCAAAGACUAAGGAAUUUGGUGUCAACUCGAGGAUUAUUAAUCCAAAAGCUAUUUCAAUGGGUCAGCUGUAUGGACAUUUUGAUCCAGUAUCCCAUGAAUGGGCUGACGGUGUGUUGGCCAAGACAUUCAGGGAGAUGGCUUAUUCAUCUGGUAGUGAACGCCAGUGGAUCAUUUUUGACGGACCAGUUGAUCCCAUUUGGAUUGAAAAUUUAAAUACUGUUCUCGACGACAACCGAAAACUCUGCCUAAUGUCUGGCGAAAUAAUUUACAUGUCCCGCCAAAUGAAUCUCAUCUUUGAGCCAGAUAAUCUCGAUCAAGCAUCACCAGCCACAGUGUCUCGAUGUGGUAUGAUUUACAUGGAGUCCAGUCAACUUGGCUGGGAAUCCCUCCAUAAAUCCUUUGUCCAUGAACUCCAGGAAAAAGGAACUACGGACAUUUAUAUGGCUCUCUAUGAAGCUCUUGUGAGCUGGCUGAUUCCUCCACUCUUGGACAUUCUCAGCAAUUGCGAUUGUAUUCUCUCAGUAUCAUCUCUCUACAGUUAUCGAAUGCUCUCAACUUUCUUUAUGGCUUUCCUGUCCAAGCAGACCAAUCUCAAUCAAACGUGGUUCCAGCAAAUUUUUCUCUAUUGCUUAGUCUGGAGUUAUUGCUCCACCCUAACGAUUGAGAGCAGAAAAAUUGUUGAUGUUGCUAUAAGGAAGAUUCUCUACGGUACAAAUGAUAAUUUUCCCAAACCCAAGCUUUUCACUCUCAAUCGUGGACAAAUAUUUCCGGAAAAAAUGACUUUUUUGGAUUAUCGAUUCGAUGGAACUGAAUCUUGGUGGCCAUGGGCAAAAUCUGAGGACACUCCUUUGGUCUCGGAUCUUUCCAUGAUGGAUUUAAUUGUACCGACGAAGGAAUCAGGCUUCAUUCAAAACUGGUUGGAAAUAUGUGUGGAUAUCCGGCUCCCAAUGCUUCUUAUAGGACCAUCGGGGACAGGAAAGAGUGCUAUUGUUAAUGCUUUCAUGAGAGAUCUCCCAAAGACCAAAUUUCUCAUCAACAAUAUUAAUCUUUCGGCCAGGACAACAGCGCAGCAAGUUCAAGAACUUGUGAUGGCCAAGCUCGAUCGACGCCGGAAGGGAGUAUUUGGACCGCCAGUGGGAAAGAAGUGUUUGGUCUUUGUAGAUGAUAUGGCAAUGCCCAUGCGAGAUAAGUAUGGUUCCCAGUCGUCGCUAGAACUCAUUCGUCAAUGGUUGGACCAUAGGCACUGGUCUGAUCUUGAGGAUACAUCCAAAUUAGAACUAAUAGAUCUCUUGUGUAUUGGCGCUAUGGGACUCGUAGGUGGAAGCAAUUAUAUCUUCGAAAGACUCUACAGGCAUAUGUUCAUUGUCUCCGUUGAUUCUCUGGAAUUGACCACAAUGCAGAGAAUCUUUCAUGCUAUUGGAGAGUGGCACUUUGCCAAAGAGUACCCUGAUACCCUUACACGACUUUCUAAAGCUCUCAGUGUAGCUGCAAUUGAACUUUUCACAGUCGUUAAGGAAAACUUCCUGCCAACACCAGCUAAAUUACAUUACAUGUUCUCACUCAGGGAUGUAUCAAAAGUUUACCAAGGAAUAGUUCUCGUACCCGCUAAGAGACUUCAGGAUCCGGAGAAAUUGGUAAGGCUUUGGGCCCAUGAGACUUAUAGGAUUUUCUAUGAUCGCCUCGUGGAUGACGAUGAUCGAAAUAAGAUGUUCAAUCUUCUUCAUACAAUUUGUACUUCAAAAUUGCGAAUGAGUCUAUCACAGGCUCUUGGAGAUCGUAUUUCUGCCACAGAAAGACUCUCAGACAGUCACAUGAGAGAUUUAAUCUUUGGAAAUUACAUGGAACCUGAUGCCGAUCCUAAAAUCUACGAUGAAGUAGAGAAUUUGGGAAAACUCGAAAAAGUCAUGGGAUAUUAUCUCAAUCAGUACAAUAGCAACUCCAACAGUCCCAUGGAUUUAGUGCUAUUCCGAUUUGUCAUUGAACAUAUAUCCCGUGUCGCAAGGGUACUUCAAAUGCCCCAAGGAAAUGUCUUGCUAAUUGGUCUUGGAGGAUCAGGCAGAAGGAGUUCUGUUAAAUUGGCUACCAGCAUGAUGGAUGCAGAUCUAUUUCAAGUGGAAGUUACCAAAUCGUACUCUUACAACGACUGGCGCGAGGACAUGAAGAAGCUUCUCAUGAAAUGUGGAAUUGAUAACAAAAAGACUGUUUUCCUAUUUAGUGACUCUCAGGCAAAGGAGGAGGCUUUCGUUGAGGAUAUCAAUUCACUCCUACAUACAGCUGAUAUAAAUAAUCUAUUCCAGGGAGAUGAGAAAAAUAACAUUCUGGACAAGAUGCAGAAUGAAGCAAAGCUUUUGAAUAAAGUAAUAGACUCCACUCCUCUGGCACUCUAUACGUUCUUCACCGAAAGAGUUAGAGAACACCUACAUAUAUGUAUUUCUUUAUCACCUAUUGGAGAUUCCCUAAAGAGACGAAUAAGGACAUUCCCUUCCUUGAUAAACUGCUGCACCAUCGACUGGUUUACAGAAUGGCCAAAUGAUGCAUUGGUCAAAGUAGCUGAAACCUACAUAAGUUCCAUGGAAUUAUCCCUGAAAUCCGGUGGAGAUCCGAAUCUCAAUAUAUCAGAAUUGGAGACUAAACUUAUUGAUAUGAUUAUUUAUUUCAAUUCUUCAGUUAAAAAGGAAAUUAGGAAAUUUUUCAUAAAACUCAAGAGGAAGAACUACGUCUCACCCACUCUAUAUUUGGAGAUGCUACAUCUUUUCAAGACAUUCCAUGCCGUCAAAUAUGAAGAAAUUACCGUUCAGAGAGACCGAUAUGUGAUUGGUUUGGAGAAAUUGGACAGUGCAGCAGCUCAGGUUGGGGUCAUGCAGACAAAUCUGUUUGAAUUGCAGCCCCAGCUUAAGAUCCUGUCCGAGGAGACAGAGAAGAUCAUGGUUAACAUAGAACGAGAAACUGCUGAGGCUGAGAAGAAGAAAGAAGUGGUUGGGGCUGAUGAGGCGGCAGCUAAUGAAGCUGCAGCUUCGGCCCAGGCUAUCAAGGAUGACUGUGAAAGUGAUCUUCAAGAAGCUAUUCCUGCACUCGAAGCUGCUCUGUCGGCUUUGGAUACCCUCAAACCUGCUGACAUCACGGUGGUAAAAUCAAUGAAAAACCCUCCUUCGGGAGUUAAACUCGUUCUGGAAGCUGUGUGCGUUAUCAAAGGAAUCAAGCCCGAUCGAAGAGGAGAUCCCACUGGAAAGAUCACUGAAGACUUCUGGGCACCAUCUCUUCGAAUGCUGGGUGAUAUGAAAUUUCUCGAAUCUUUGAAGACUUUUGAUAAGGACAAUAUCCCUACUGCGGUCAUGAAAAGAGUUCGAGAAAGGUACAUCACAGAUCGCGAGUUUGUUCCUGAGAAGAUCAAGAAUGUCUCAAUGGCAUGUGAAGGUCUCUGUCGCUGGGUCAGAGCCAUGGAAGUAUACGACAGAGUGGCCAAGAUCGUGGCACCUAAGAAAGUUGCCCUGGCUGCUGCAGAGAGUGAAUUGGCACAGCAGAUGGAGAAAUUAAAUGCAAAGAGAGCAGAAUUGCAGGAGAUUCUGGACAAAUUGCAGAAAUUGAAUGAUUUCUUUGCCGAAAAGUCCAGGGAGAAGAAGAAUCUUGAGGAUGAGAUAGACAACUGCGAGAAGAAAUUGGUGAGAGCUGAGAGACUCCUUGGAGGAUUGGGUGGUGAGAAAUCAAGGUGGUCAGAAAAUGCUGCAUCUCUACAUAAAUCUCUUGACAAUGUCGUUGGGGAUGUCCUUCUGGCUGCUGGUGUUGUCGCCUAUUUGGGAUGCUUCACCACUGAGUUCCGAGCGGAAAUAAUUAACGCGUGGAAUGAAAAGUGUCUUGAACAAAUGAUUCCCUGUACGAAGAUUUUCUCACUGGCUUCCACCCUGGGAAAUCCUAUGCAACAGCGUGCUUGGUCACUCUGUGACCUUCCAUCAGACACUUUUUCAGUGGAGAACGGGAUUAUAGUGUCUAAAGCACGGCGUUAUCCCCUCAUGAUAGAUCCCCAGGGUCAGGCAAACAAGUGGAUUAAGAAUCUGGAGAGGGACAAUGAUUUGCAAGUUAUCAAACAGACAGAUACUGACUACAUGGCAGUGGCUGAAAAUGCAAUUAAACAGGGCUUACCACUCUUGCUGGAGAAUGUGGGAGAGUACAUUGACUCAGGACUCUUUCCAAUCCUCGAAAGGAAUGUGGUGAAGCAAAAAGGGGAGUAUUUUAUCAGAUUUGGCGAGGGAAUGAUUGAGUACAAUUUCAAUUUUCGUUUUUACAUCACAACAUGUUUGAGAAAUCCACAUUAUUUGCCUGAGACGGCAGUUCUUGUUACCAUUCUCAAUUUCAUGAUUACGGAAGUUGGUCUCAGGGAGCAACUUCUGGCCACUGUGGUAGUCCAAGAACGUCCCGAUUUGCAGGAGAAAAAGGAAAUACUUAUUGUUGAAUCUGCACGCAAUAGAGAUUUGCUCUAUAACAUCGAGACACAAAUCCUGCAAGUGCUAUCAUCAUCCGAAGGCAAUAUCCUUGAGGACGAAAACGCCAUAAAUAUAUUGUCAUCCAGCAAAGUUCUUUCGGAAGAAAUUCAGGCCAAGCAGGUCAUUGCAGUUGCUACCGAAGCAGAAAUUGAUCAAGCUCGCCAACUGUAUCUCCCAGUGGCCAAGCAUUCCUCAAUUCUGUUCUUCUGUAUCACAGAACUGGCCAACAUUGAUCCCAUGUAUCAGUAUUCUCUCACUUGGUUCCUUUCCCUUUUUGUCCAGGCCAUUAUCAAAGCUCCAAAAUCCAAUGUCUUGGAGGACAGACUCGAAAAUCUUAACCAGUUCUUUACAACUUCCGUUUAUCAGAAUAUCUGUCGAUCACUAUUUGAAAAGGACAAACUUAUUUUUUCCUUUGUUAUUUGCAUUGGAAUCUUGCGUGCCAGGAAAGUCAUUGAUGAGCAGCUCCUUGUGCAUUUUCUAUCCAGUGGAACUAUAAGAAAUAAUUCGGAUGAAAAUCCAGCUCCUGACUGGCUAGCUAACAAGUCUUGGGAUCAAAUCGUCAAUUUGUCCACCCUGGAAAAUUUUAAGAACUUUCAGGAGGAUUUUGGGACAAAUUUGGUAGCAUGGAAAGAAUUCUUUCAACAAUCGGAACCACAUAAGACGCCCCUACCGCCUCCUUAUGAUACUGCUGAUGAUAUCUCCAGGUUGAUCAUCUUGAAAGCUCUGAGACCGGAUUCUGUUAUUCCGGCAGUUAGAAUUUUUAUUAUCAAUCAUCUCAAUGAGUCAUUCGUUCAACCACCUUCUUUUGAGUUAAUCACUUCCUUUGCUGAUAGCAAUCCCAAUACUCCUUUGAUCUUCCUCCUGACAUCAGGAUCGGACCCAAUGGAUGAUUUGCUGGCAUUUGCCAAGGAACGAAAUAUGCAGGAUAAGUGUCACACAAUUUCUCUGGGUCAAGGACAAGGUCCAAAGGCUAUGCAAAUGAUCGAAGAAGGUCAGAAAGCUGGACACUGGAUUGUCCUGCAAAAUUGCCAUGUGGCAUCAUCGUGGAUGGAUAAUUUAGAAAGGAUUUGCAUUGAAUUAGCUGAUAAUGAAAAUGUUCAUCAAGACUUCCGUCUUUGGUGUACAGCAUAUCCCUGUCCGGAUUUUCCUGUGUUCAUCUUACAGAAUAGCAUCAAAAUGACCAAUGAACCACCAAAGAGACUGAAGUUGAAUAUGAAGAAGUGCUUCAAAUCUGACCCCUUGGCCAGUGAUAAAUUCUUCACGGAUGCCUUUGCUGGGGACAAUAAAUUGGAAAGUCUGUGGUUCCGGGGUGUUUUUGCCCUCGUCUAUUUCCACGCUGUCGUCCAAGAGAGACGUGAAUUUGGACCAUUGGGGUGGAAUAUUCCUUAUGAAUUCAAUGAGACUGAUCUUAGAAUAUCUCUCACACAGCUUAAGAUGUUCAUCAGGCAGUAUGAAAGGAUCCCUUUCAGGGGUCAUAGGGAUCUAACAGGCGAAUGCAAUUACGGUGGCCGGGUGACAGAUGAUAAAGAUCGUCGACUUCUCAUGUCCCUCCUCGAAUGGAUUUACAAUGAAGAUUCCGUUCAAGUGGAAAAUUGCCCUCUCACCUCUUCGGGUACUUAUACCAUUCCCGUUGAGGCUAACAGGAUGAAGAGUUUGGAACACAUUAGUAAUUUCCCAUUUGUGGCGCAUCCGGAAGUAUUUGGACUCCAUGAAAAUGCUAAUUUAGCAAAAAAUACACGAGAGACUAAUACUCUAUUGGCUGGAGUAUUGGUCACCCAAACAGAAUUACUUGCAGCUAUGAGAAAAGAUGACCUGUCCAAGGAGGACAGCAAAGAUCAUGUAGAAGAUAUCUGUGAGGACAUACUAAGUCGUCUUCCGGAAUUAAUAGAUGAGAAAUUCAUGAUUGAGAAGUAUCCUACAAAUUACUCAAAUUCUCUCAAUGUUUUUCUCCAUCAGGAAGUCAUCAAGUUUAACAAAUUGUUGAGAUAUAUCAGACAAUCCCUUACUGAUGUCCAGAGAGCGGUCUCUGGACAAAUUGCCCUCAUUCCUCAACUGGAAAAUGUUCAUCUUGCCAUCCGGCAGGGGAUAUUGCCACAAGACUGGACGCCACACAGUUACCCUUCUCUCAAACCACUGGCCAGCUACAUAAGUGAUCUAAUUGAUCGAAUGGCAUUUCUGCAGAAAUGGAUUGAUCAUGGAGAACCAAAUGUUUUCUGGUUGUCCAGUUUCUUCUUCCCACAAUCCUUCAUCACUGGUAUCUUGCAAAAUUACGCACGGAGGACAAAGAAAUCUUAUGAUACAAUCGACAUGACCUUCGAUGUUAGUGCAUACGAAACAGAAGAUGAUCUUGACUUUGAUACAUAUAAGAAGAAUAACUUGGAGGCAAACAGCGAUUUUAAAUGUUUCGAUGGUCUCUUUCUCGAGGGAGCUCGGUGGAAUCGUCUUGCAAGGCUUCUCGAUGAAUCUCUACCAAGAACAUUGCAUGAUCGUUUCCCUAUAAUCUCUGUGAAGCCUACGAUUAAGUCCUUAAAGGACAGGAAGCACAUGAAGAAAAGACUGAAGAGGUACAUGUGUCCUAUUUAUAAGACUAGUGCCAGGAGAGGGACACUCUCAUCUACUGGCCAUUCCACUAAUUUUGUCAUGUACAUUGAUUUAGAAUGCAAAGAAAGUCCCAAGCAUUGGAUUAAUCGGGGAGUCGCGUGCUUGUGUCAAUUAGACGAUUAAUUUAAUUUCGCUUAAACUUCAGAUGAUUUUAUUAAAAAAUCCAACAUAAUUCAAGAGCGUUGAAUCGAAUAUUUUAUUUUGAAAACAAAAAAAAGGUAAUGAAAUUGAAUCUUUGUGGUAAGAACUCAACGUGUUCCUGUACAAUUCUCGAAGGACAUUAACAACUAUAUAAAAUAAUAUUACUCUAUCACAAGUCUAUACCGUCUAUUCCGUGAGCAUACUUAAAGUCGGUAUUAUUCACUAUCUUAUCUAUAAGACAUGUCAGCAACAAAUACAAAAACAUGAUCAUUCUAAUUAUUUUAUACUUAUUUGAAGAAAUGUCGAACUGUUUGAAACUGACGUCUACACAUUCAUCAAAAAUUUGCUUUUUUGAAAAAAAAAUUAACAGUUCUGCCCGCACAUCAUAAGAGAAAUUUUAUUAAAAAACAUUUUUUUAAUUCUUCAUAGUGUGUAAAUGUCUUUACUUAAAUUCAUCAAAUAUUUUUAUCAUUCCCUAAAAAUUUUAUGUUUCAUUCCCCGACUUUUCCGAACGGAGGAAGUAUAAAUUUGGACAUCAAUUUUUAUUUAUUUUAUGAAUCUUGCACACCUUUUCGAUCAAGAACAUUGCGUAAAAUCAAAAUUCACAUUCCUUUUCUAAACGUUUUGUAUAUGUCUAUCCCCGGUACCGACCAAAAUUCUGAUAGCCAAAUUUCUGAAAUCCCAAAUCCCGAACGCCAAAAUCCAAAAAAAGACAAAAUCUCGAAAGC